AUGAGUGAAGAUAAGAAGACAGUUUUUGCCAGCCCAAGUGACUGUGCUACCUUAGACCUGCGCCUCAUCCCAGAAUUUGAUGGCCAGUCUCAUCCAGUUGUGGAGUGGCUGGAGAAACUGGAGCUCGUGUGCAAGUUGCGUGGGAUCACUGAGCUGCACAAUGUCGCACCGCUACGACUCUCCGCUGGGGCGUUCUCAGUGUACCAACAGCUUUCAAAGCAGUUUGUCGCCCGAAAGUUACGUGAUGGUGAGCCGGUUGAUGUAUACUUGGCCGACUUACGCCGCCUCGCUGAGCACUUCGGUGGUAUUCCUGAUGAAGGUCUAAGUUGUGCGUUCGUGGCCGGCCUUCCUGAAGCUGCUCGUCAUGUCUUGAGAGCUGGUUGUCGCUUGGAAACCAUGGGUAUCUGCCAGCUCCUGAAUCGCGCCCGAGCCGUCCUGGCGGAUGUCAGUUUGGGUGUCGGGUCACCACCACACGUUUCCUGUCUCGCUCAGCAUGCAGCGACUCCUGCCUGUUGGACCAAAGAAAGGGUCAGGGUUGUGACUGUGAGUGGGGAACCUUACGAGUGCAUGGGGUCGGGAGUGGUGAAGGUUUGCCUGGCGUCGGGAGUGUCCGUGCACACGGAUGUAGUGUUUGGUUUAGAGGAAGAGCAGGGUUUGGCUGUGGCGGCUGCUAACUCGCCAGACAUUGAUGAAAGGGAUUUUAAAGUGACCUUUGACACCGAAACAAAACAGUGGACACAAAACAAACAAAAGGUCCGCCCCGUGCUCGACUUCCGAGAAUUAAAUACCCAUCUUAAUCUGCACACAGCUGAAGCGGACGUGUGUACAGAGAAGAUACGUGAGUGGCACCGUCGCGGUCAAAAAGUUUCUCUCAUGGACUUGCGCAAGGCGUACCUACAAAUCCACGUACACAAGUCCCUCUGGCCUUAUCAAACCGUUGUGUUCCGUGGAAAAAGGUACUGCCUAACAAGGUUAGGAUUUGGGAUAAACAUCGCCUCUCUCGUCCUCAAAAAGGUUCUGGAUCGCAUUCUGAGUUGGGACGAAAAGAUUUAUAGCGCCACUUCUCCUUACCUGGACGAUAUCCUCGUGGACGAAACCAUCGUGACGGCAGCGGCUUUGGAAAAUCGUCUGAGAAGCUAUGGCUUGGUGUGCAAACCACCUAAGCGGGUGUAUGAUGGGACUCGGGUGUUAGGCAUCAGAGUCUGGGGGGAGGGUCGCGGCCUCGUUUGGAGACGCGACAAUGAGACUGGUGAACCACCGGAGAAGUUAACAAGGCGGCGUGUAUUUCCAGUCUGCGGCCAGUUAACAAGCCAUCUACCUGUCUGUGGCUGGCUACGGGUAGCAACAUCAUACAUCAAAAGACGUGCUAACGCAGCUUCCUCUUCCUGGGACGAUGAAAUCACGGAUCCCGGCCUGCUUGCGAUGCUCACAGAAACCCUCGGACGUGUAAAGAAAGCUGACCCAGCCCGGGGACGGUGGGACGUGGCAGGAGACGAAGCAGCUUUGUGGGUCGACGCAAGCUCUCUUGCGUUGGGAGCAGUGUUAGAGGUGAAUGGCGAAGUGAUCGAGGAUGCUUGUUGGUUACGCCGCAACGACUGUACGCACAUAAACCUUGCGGAGCUAGAUGCUGCUAUCAAAGGCCUAAAUCUCGCCGUCUCCUGGAAUAUGAAAAAACUGGCUCUAAUGACAGAUUCCCGUACAGUAUACCAUUGGCUCCAGGACACUUUAUCAGGAAAGGCACGUUUGAAGACCAAAGCCUGUAGUGAAAUGUUGAUUCGGCGACGAUUGGAAACUUUUAAAGCGGUAACCGUGGAGUUUAACUUGCACCUUGAGAUCAAGUUUGUGUCUUCGAGCAUGAACAGAGCCGACGAGUUGACGAGAGUGCCAAAAAAGUGGAUGUCUUUGACAAAUGAUUACGUGUCCUGUACGGCUGUCACCGCCGUGUCUGACCAGGACAUCGCAAAUAUCCACGAAACAACUGGCCAUCCAGGAAUCAGACGCACGCUAUUCUUCUGUAGAAAACUUUACCCUGGUGUUCAACGUGAGCAAGUGCGUAAUGUCGUGCUACAUUGUCGGGAGUGCCAGUCAAUUGAUCCUGCGCCGGCGAAGUGGCAGAAAGGGGAGUUAGGGGUCCCCAAUAUCUGGGACAGAGUUAGCAUGGACAUUUGCCACGUUCACAAUGAACAUUACCUGACACUGAUCGACUGCGGGCCGACGCGUUAUGCCAUCUGGAGAAAACUGAGAUGUCAGGACGCGAUUUGUGUUAUUGAACAACUGGAAUCUGUGUUUUAUGAGCGUGGAGCACCCCGCGAAUUGCUAACCGACAACGCUGCCAGCUUCCGUAGCUCGACGUUCAACAAUUUUGCAAGUCGCUGGGGCAUGGCCGUCAGGUACCGGUGUGCCAAUGUUCCAUCGGGUAACGGGAUAUCAGAGAGGAAUCACAGAACAGUCAAGACCAUACAAGCACGAAAAAGUUGUUCUGUGCCGGAAGCUGUAUACAGGUACAACACCCUGCCAAGGGGGAACGAUGCUGGGUCUUCCCCUGCUAACAUGAUAUUCUGUUACGAAUUUAGACUGCUUGGUAUUGAUGGAGCCUCCCAACAUGAUCAAGCGGCUGAAGAUGAUGAAGAAGAGAUGCUCAUCACCGUGGAUAACUCUACAGCGAGU